AUGGCAUCAGAAAUGCAAAACUCCAAUCCCACCAUCCUGAAUGCUGCCGAUCUGCCUACACGGUUGCAUACCGCAGUAUCCCACAAACCCGGUGCCUAUGGAAUCUUUACCUCUGCCAUUCCAUCGCUUGCGAAUACAGACGACCCCUUCUCUACUAGUCCAUAUUCUCCAGCCGAAUCUGACAGCGAAGAUGAACUGAUGGAAGAACCGAUCGAUGAACAAGAAAUUUAUGAUCUUAUAUCUACCAUCUCUGACCCAGAGCACCCGAUUUCCUUGGGGUCUCUAGCUGUCGUUUCACUACCAGAUAUCCUUAUUAAACCGACUCUCCCAAACGUACCGGAUUCGCCUUUACGAACCGUAACCGUUCUCAUAACUCCCACCAUAACACACUGUAGCCUUGCCACCGUAAUAGGCCUUGGUGUUCGUGUUCGCCUUGAACAAUCGCUUCCACCACGAUUCCGCGUCGAUGUUCGAAUCAAGGAAGGGACACAUAGCACUGCCGAUGAAGUGAAUAAACAGCUAGCCGACAAAGAAAGAGUGGCUGCUGCAUUGGAAAAUGGAACACUGAUGGGUGUUAUUGCGAAGAUGCUAGAAACCUGUCAAUGA